CGUGACACAAAACCUUUAUCUCAUCGUCGUCUUAAUAUAAUAAAGUGCUUAUUAUUCACAGCCACUCUGUUUCUCUACUUUUCGCUCACCCUUAUCGCCGCGUUUUCGUCAAAAAGUUCGUAAGAUUGUUCUGAUAUCUCCAUUGUGUUUCGCUUGAGACAAAAGUGGUUCGAAGAUGAAUCAUUAUAGCCUCCAGCAGAACGCCUUCGAAUCUAGAGGAUUUGUUGUUCCUGUCUCCUCUGAUCCUAUCUCUCUUGUUUGUCCUAAGCCUCGCCGUGUCAUUCUCUCUAAUAACGUUAUUCAUCCGUUUAGAUUAUUACAUUCAAGUCAAUCCAGAGCAGCUGAUGUAAGUGAUUGUAAAGCUGGGGCUGAUCUUUUGGACAUCAUCAUUCGUAGAAAGGAAGAAACAUUAUCUGGUGUAGCUUCAUCACCUCCAUUUUUCCUCGGGUCUCCCCCGAGCAGAGUAUCAAACCCUUUAGCUCAAGAUGCACGAUUUGGAGAUAACAAACUCAACCCUAUCUCACCAUUCCUCCCAUCUCCAUCUCGUGUCAAAGGAGGAAGCUGUGGUCGAGUGAAGUUUGGGAUUAAGCCUGCUUCUGUUAGAGUAAAGGGAUUCGAUUGCUUAAACAGGGACUGCCAAAACUCAAGCAUACCUGCCAUGGCUUAGAAGAAGGAGCAGAGAUUCAUAAAAUCCAUAAUCCCUUUUUCGAUUAUAUGUUUUUUGAAUAUUAAGAAGAGUUAAAAAGAUCAGUCAACAUCCUUAGUUAAGGCUUUGAGAUCAAUAUUGUGUAUAUAUACCGUAAAUUAAGAUGUGUUAUCCUUAUUCUCACUGUAACAUAUCAAACCACUUUGGAGUGUUUGUUCUUCUUUCAGAGAGGUUCUCAAUCUUUGUAAAAAUGUAAUUUUGUAAAGCUCGACAUGUAUAUGAACUGUAACACAUGACGAUGUAAUAUGUAUGUAUGCAAUGGUGACCUAACCACAAUAACUACAA